GAAAAGAACACAUAAGGAAAAGUUCUGCCCUGUGAAUAGAAGGGGAGGGAGGCUGAGUGUGGUUAGUGAUCCUGAAUCAGAGCGCUUCUGGCAAGCAGACAGCAGCAGCAGGCAGAGGAGGGGCCGCGGAGUCUCUUAAAGUAGGUCGGAAAAGCUGUUUCAUGCACUAGGAAGUCACAUAGUAACUUGGACGUUUUCUUUAUUUUUGCUGCAGUCCAGCUGAUCGCAGAACAUCCGAGCUGAAGCUACCUACCGUCUGCAGCUAUGCCUGGCAAAGGAAAGAAGCAUCCAGGGGGUGCCAAGGGCUCCAAAGAGCAUGGUGAUAAGAAAACAACAGGAGCAUCGAAGCCUACAGAUAAAAAAGCACCUGAAGCAACAGAGAAAAAAGCAAGCGCUUCUGGUGUCAGUCAGCCCGUGGGAGCACAUGCAAGCGGGACAAGUAAGCUGCAACCUUCACAAGAAAGAACAAUGAAACCAGCAGACCCAAAGGCUAAACAAAUUCCAAAGACUGAACCCGCCAAAACCGUACAGUCCACAAAGCCGAAGAGUACAUCAACCUCUACAACCCCAUCCUCUUCCACUGCAGCAGCGGCAUCAAAACCAAGUACAGCCAAAGUACCCUCCAAGCAGGAGCCAAAGCCCGUUCCUGCCAAGGAUAAAACUGAGAGCAAAGUUACCUCAGGAACUUCUGGCAAAGUUGCAGCUGCAGCUGCUGCUGCUGGGACCGUAGCUGCUGGUGCUGCAGUUGGUGUUGCUGUUGCUGCAUCCGGAAAACCUAAAGAAGAGGUUAAAGAAGAACAGAAGACUGUCAGUGUAGAUAAGGUGUCCUCUGCAGCCGCUCCAGCCAAGACUGGGUUGGAUGAUGCGUUGGAUGAGUUGAUAGACACCUUGGGAGGACCUGAAGAUGUUCAAGAGUCUCCAAAAUUCACAGGACCUGAAGUCACAGAAAUACCUGCCAUAUCGGAGUAUUUGGAAGAAUUAGGAAAGCGGGAACAUACAAUUCCACCAGAAUACAGACACUUGUUAGAUGGUAAAGGAGAAAAGCCUGCUCCUCCACCAAAGGAAGAUGACAAGAGUAUGGGUGAUGACGAUCUUGUUGAAGCCCUGUCGUCUGGUUUCGUCAGCAGUCAAGCACCCCCUGAAGAGAAGAAACCCAAGUUGGAAAAGAAUGUAGCCAUAAAACCAACAUCUGCAACAGCUGUAGCUACAGCGCCCAGCUCAGAGUCUGUACCUGCAGAUGCGAUAGAUGAACUACUGGGUACCCUUGAAGGACCAGAAGUAAAUGUUCCACAGUCUCCAGAAUACACUGGUCCAGAAGUAACGGAAAUUGUUACAGCAUCGUACCUGGAAGAACUUGGGAAAAGGGACCAUACUAUCCCCCCAGAAUACAGAAACUUGUUGGAUGGAAAAGAUCAUGGUAAAGACAUCCCACCUCCAGUACCUGCUAAACAACCUCCGCCUAUGACUGACACGGAACUUGCUGAUGAGUUCUCAAAGGACUUCGGAUGUUCGUCUGCUCCAGUCGUAGAGCCGGAACCAUCCAUUAAGCCCAAAGAAGCCAAACACCAACAGAGCCAGCCGGAUAAAGUUGUUGCCACUUCUGCAUCGUCUGUGCAGUCUGCCGCCGCUGCACCCUCAGGUGAAAUGGACAGUGCGUUAGAUGAAUUAAUGGGUACACUUGAAGGACCUGAAUUCAACGUGCCAGAACCUCCGGUAUACACAGGACCAGAAGUCACGGAAACAGCCACAGCAUCUUAUAUCGAAGAACUGGGUAAGCGGGAAAGCUCAAUCCCUCCAGAAUACAGGCAUUUACUGGAUGGAAAAGAAGAUGGAAAGAUAGCACCACCUCCACCACCUGCAGAAAAGCCUAUGAGUGAGGAUGACCUUGCUGCUGCGUUUGAUGAGGACUUUGCUUGCCCUCAACCUACUACUGUCCAGCAAACCCCGUCCAGCAAACCAAAAGACUCUUCAUCUGAGAAAAGUAAGAAUGAAACAGUGGUUUCUUCUAGCUCGUCUGCUGUUCAGUCCGCUCCCGUCCUUUCUAAACCCUCUGCCCCCAAGGUUGAUCCACUGGAUGCUUUGUCUGGCACUUUAGGAGUCCGACAGGAAGACCCAAAAACCAAGAAACCUGUUGCAGAUGCAGUAAAGGAAAAAUCUGAUAAAGGCAAAAAGGAAAAACUUGGUGAAGAUGAAGAAACUAUACCUCCAGAUUACAGGCUGCAGGAAGUCAGGGAUAAAGAUGGAAAACCUUUAUUGCCAAAAGCUGAAGAGAAGCCAAAGGCGAUGACCGAGGAUGAGCUGUUGGAUGCUCUGACGGAAGACUUUGUCACUUCCCCCGCAACAACCCCGAAGACUGCACCAUUGCAAAGUUCUGCAAAAGAAGCUACAAAACCAUCCGUAUCUGAUGAAGUUGUGUCCUCUUCCAAAGUGUCUACGGUGCAAUCUGGAGCUCCUCAGCCUUCUGAUCCAGAUAUAAAGAUCCCUGAUGAUGCUUUGGAUCUUCUGUCUGGUUCCCUGGGAUCUAGAGAGGCAGACCCUGAUGAAAACAAACCUUUAGUUGAUGUAGUAAAGGAAAAAGCCAAGUCUGAACAUGUUGAUCGACUUGGUGAUAGAGAUGACACAAUCCCUCCGGAAUAUAGAAAUCUGUUGGAUGGUAAAGACGAGAAGGGACAGCCUAUAAAACCACCUGCAAAGGAAGAUGUCAAGCCUAAGGACCCAUUGGAUGAUAAUGCAGCUAUUGAUGCUCUUUCAAGUGGCUUUGCAUCUUGUGAUACCAAACAAGCGGAAACACCCCAGCAAUCAUCAAAGGACAAGACUGAGAAGAGUUCUCCUAGCACAGCAGUUUCCCAGUCUUCAGGAAAGACUCCUGACCCUCCAAAGGACAAGAAUAAGAGUUCUUCUAGUACAGCACCUGCUCAGUCUACAGUGUCUGAUCCAGCAAAGACUCCAAACCAGAUCUCUUCAAAGCCUAGCAACCAAAAAACAGGGAAAAGCUAGACUGAUGGUCAAUGUAUAUAGUUUUCAUAGCACUUGAAGAACGGCUUGGGAAGGACAAGAGGUUGCAAGCAUGUGGUUGUGACGAGCGCCACUUUCGGCUAUUCCCUGGCACGUUUGAGGAAGUGCUUUCUGUUCGUUUUCUUUUUGGGUCAUACAUCUUUUUCGGUUGUUUUUUUCUUUUCCAGAUUUUGGAAUGGGUAAAGCUUUUAUAUUUGUAAUUAUAAGAAAUAUAUAUCACUAUGAACUUGUCAUGUUAAUGACAAUAAGCCUGCAACCUUUGCACAAUUAGUCUGAUUGCGUACACUUGCAAGGUAACUAAGAACCAUGUAAAGCUUACUAUAGUUUGGGAUUCCAUCAGUGCUGUUGCUUUAACCUUUGUGUAUAAAGUGGGUAAAUGGUCUAAUGAGUGCCUGAUAAGAAAUUCGUGGAAAAGCUCAGCUCCAGAUAUAUGAAAUGUUUACAUGAACAGUGCCUUUUUGCUUAAUAUCCCAUUCUCUAACUUCACCCUUGUUAUACUUACGUCCUUAUACUGUCUACAAGAAUAUAAUAUGGCCGCUAAAAUGUUGCUUAUUCUAAGCAAGUUUUAUUCUACCGAUGGUUGCACUGAUUCCUUUUUGACCUGAAACACUAGGUUUGGUUUGAAUUAUGCUAUGGAAUGGAUAAAUGACUAUUACCAGAGUCAUAGAAGGUCUAUAGUCAACCAGCAGAUUGACACCAAGUUAAUCUGAUGAAAGGACUGUGUUGCUUUGAAUUGUUAACUGUGGAACAUCAUUGGAAAUAAAGAUUUUCCCUAUGUCUUGGUGCAUUGUAA